AUGAAGUUGACAUCACUUAUACCCAUAACCCUUCUUUUUAGUUCUCAAAUAGUCCACAGUUUUGAUUUCCUGCAAUACGAUGAUAUCCUUGAUGAAAUAUCCUCAUUAGGAGACUACCCAGAUGCCUCUACAGAUGACUCAAUAGAGAAGAGAGAUGAUGGCAAUUUAACCUACAACCAAGCUGCAGUUGACCAAUACACUCAUCUUUUCCAAACGAUCGAACAAUCGGGUUUAAUUCCUAAUUUGCUUGAAGAAAUAUCCAAUAAUCAAACCCAAAUUGACAAUUUGGUUAGUUAUCUUGAAUUAUUGUUGUCAGGAGAUAUGAGUAGUGAAAAUAGCACCAUAAGUCUCAAUGGUAUAAGUAUUAAUCUCAACAUGACUCAGAUUAUGAAUGCUGUGCAAGAGUCUGGAAUAAUUCCAUCUACUUAUGAUCAAUUAUUGGGGAAUAAGGAAAAUAACAAGAAAUUGGCUGAUUUUGCCGGUGGUGCCUUGUCUUCCCCAAAUAAUGUUUGGAUUGGUUGGCUAUUGACUGAUUUGGGUCAAGGUCAGGCCUUGACUGUUCCUUUUCUUGCUGAUUUGAUUAUGAAUACCACAUCAAAGGCUAAUACCAAUGACACUAACAGAUCAGAUAUUAAUGUUAAGGAGACCCCACCAUUGGCUGAAGAUGUUGGAUUAGAUCCUCAAGGAGUCAAUAAUGAUGGAACUACUAGAGAUGCAGUUUAUAUCAAUUUAGAUGGACAAGAAGCAAGCAGAGUCAAGAGAAUGGAAGAAUACUUGUUAUCAAAGAGAGCAUCCGAUGUUGAUGACAAAUACUCUGGUUCAUUAAGUCAGUUUUUAAACAAUGCCAUCAACACCGUCGUCAAUUCACAAUUGGUUUCUUCAAGUAUCAACGAUAUAAUAGUGGCAUUAAACCAGUCGGGUAUAAUCACCCCCAUUGUGCUUCAAGUUAUUGAGAAUGAUAAUUUAAGUAAAUUGAUUAACCCCAUUGUUAAGACCUUGUAUGAAAAUGGUGCUUUUAACAAUUUACCAUUGAAUUAUUACUUUAUUUAUGCUAAGGAGAGAAAUAUCUUGAGUGACGGUUUGCAAUUUGUAUUGACUGAUCCUCAUUAUGCUCCUCCUAUUGCUAGAUUGUUGAAGAGAAUGGAGGAUAUUGGCACGUUUCAAUAUCUACAAGAUAAUAUGUAUGGGCCUCAUAAGAGGAGCUAG